CGUUCCAGAGCGAAGCCGCACUAAUCGGCCCGGGGUGACAGUGCGGCCGUUACCGGGCUCGUAUGUGGGGGGAACGUUAACUCGGGGCGACAGUGAAGCCGUUACCGGGCUCGUAUGUGGGGGGAACGUUAACUCGGGGCGACAGUGCGGCCGUUACCGGGCUCGUAUGUGGGGGGAACGUUAACUCGGGGCGACAGUGAAGCCGUUACCGGGCUCGUAUGUGGGGGGAACGCGGCCGCGCUUCAAAACAAAAGCGUCGCCGUUUCAACGAAUCGGUCCAACAGCAGCGACGCCCGUAACUCAGAAAGUUCGAGGGCGGGUUCCGGCUCGGUUCAGGCGGAGCAGCGAAACCCAAACAAACUUGUUGGAGCACGAACGGGUUUCCAGGCGGCCUCGUACUCGCGUCAUAUCCGCUGCGCUGAGGAAAGGGAAGCGUGCGGGCUGCUGUUCCGGCAUGGAGCCCCAGAAGAGCGCCGCGCUUCAGCUUCCAGCCGGCGGAGCUCCGCUGUCGCCCGCGGGCAGACGAUAAAGCCGGGCUCGAGUCCGCCAGCCGUGGUCCCGAGGUUCCAGCGGAGGGAGGCGGAGACCCAGACCCGGUGCAGCCGCUGGGGGAGAUGAGGGGCGUGCUGGGGGCCGGGGCCGGGGCCUUGGCCGGAGCCGGCGCCGGCGCGCUGCUCUCCGCCGGAGGCUCCGACGAUGAGCUGGCCGCUUUCCGGUGAACGAGUCCGGGAGCCGCCCGUGGGCUGUGGGAACGGCCUCAUGUCAUUGCGGCACGAACUGUCGACUGUCUGCGGCCGUUUAACUCAACCCAGCUAGGCUAACUGACCGCCCCCCACUGAGGCAGCGCGCCCGGGUCGUCUCUGAGGACCACAGGCACACGGCUUCAGACCUAACGGUGCUUUGUGUGGCAUGCAGUGGUGAACAUCUUCAUAGUGACGUGUUAAAAUACCAAACUGCCCGUUUAUCCUUCAACCGUCUCUCAGAUGAAUGCGGUAAAGGGUGGGACAGUUACCUGGAGACCACAGCCAUGGCACGAUGCUGACGGCGGAGGUGGGGAACCCCUCUCUGACAGCGACUCCGAGGAGGAGGACUUCCCCGAUGACACCACUACACCCCUGGGGGAGUACGUUACUCAGGGGUUAAAACAGCUGCUUGAUGCCCAGCAGCUGUGUGAUGUCACUCUUUUAGUGGAAGGAAAGAGGUUCAUGUGCCACAGAGUCCUCUUGGCUGCUGUUAGCCCGUAUUUCCGUGCCAUGUUUACCAGCCCCCUUGUGGAGUCUCGACUCGCAGAGAUUCGACUGGAGGAAGUGACGCCUUCAGUUAUGGAGACGGUCAUCCACUUCAUCUAUACAGGGGAGGCAGGGCUCAGUCUCGACACAGCAGAAGACUUGUUUGUGGCCGCCAAUCGUCUUCAGGUGAUGCCCUUGCAAGAUCUUUGUUCCAGGUUCCUUUUUGAGCAUUUGUCUGUGGAGAACUGUUUAGGAAUGUACUCUCUGGCCCGUUCCCAUCAUGACCAGCUCCUGCUGAGGGCCUCUCUGAGGCUGGUGGCCCAGCAUUUUCCUCGAGUGGCCCGCCAAAGGGAUUUCCUCCUACUGGACCCAGGCACCUUGGGCAGCCUGCUGGAGUCAGACCGGCUGGGCGUAGAAUCAGAGACUGAGGUUUACAAUGCAGCCCGGCGCUGGGCAGAGCAUCAGCCGGCUGAGCGAUACAUUCACAUGCCCAACCUGCUGCGGCAUUUACGCCCGGGUCUGCUUGCUCCCGAAGAGAGCCGGCGACUCAACAAAGAGCUUGGACCAAGGGCCAGCACUGAGGGCAUGGGUGGCCCUCUGAGGCCCAGGGAGGGCAUGUUUGAGAAGAAGAUAGUUUGUGUGGACCUUAAGCCCAGGGAGGACGAGGCUUUGCGAGAAAGUGACUACACAGUUGAUUGCUUUGACCCACGCACUGGAAAGUGGGAGAAACUUUCAGCCCUGGGCUCGUUGCUGUGCCCCGGUUGCACGGCCGUAGGGGGUCGGCUAUUUGUGGCAGGUGGCAUCUUGCGGACUGGCCAGGUGUCGUCGUCAGUGCACGAGUACGAUGUAGUGCUCGAUCAGUGGAUCUCGCGGCCUCCGAUGGUGCAACCACGCGCUAUGUUUGGACUGCUGGGCUCAGGAGAUUCCCUUUAUGCUUUGGGCGGCUGCAACCGUUCGGCACUUCUUGACACGUGUGAAAUUUUUGACCUCUCCAAAUUGACUUGGGUUCCGGGUCCCCGUUUGCCGUUGCCACUGCGCUGCUUCGCUUGCGCUGCCCUGCGGGGACGUCUGUACUUGCUCGGAGGCGCCACGCUGGAGCAGAACAGGGCCGUGGUACACUCUGGCGUGUUAAUCUACCACACAGUCACGAGGACCUGGAGUCGUGUCAGCCUGGACUCUGGAGCCACCUGCCUGGCUGGAGGAGUAGCGGUGCGGGGUGGUGUCUGCGCCGUGGGUGGCUACAUGCGCGACGCGGCCAAAUUUCUGGAUGGUAAUUAUACCCAGUUGGAACCACUUGACGCCACAGGGCGCGUGCUCUUUUUCCGGGAAGGACGGGGAACGGGGGCGGAACGGGAGAUACUGACCGUAACAGAGCGAACAGGAGGUGGCGGUGGUAGCGACCGCGCCCCCAGCCCUGUCGUUUUUCCGGGCCUGCCGCGGCGCAUCGCCGCUGGAGGGGUCGCGAGAUGGAAACGGCGGAUAUACGUUCUGGGUGGUGAGAACGGCUCGAGGUUUUACGACAGUGUGUACUGCUGGAAGCCUGGGUGGCGCAGUUGGGUCCAGAGACGUGAGAAACUGCCUGGAGAUACCGGAGGAGUCAGCCAGUUUGGAUGUACCACUUUAAAGUUCCCCAAAAAACACAUCUUGGCUCGCCUUCGGUCAGCCUUGGAGAAGCAGGGUAAGGAAAAGAGACUUAACCGGAAGACAGAUGACCGAGAGAGGCGGACCAGAAGGGCCAAUCAGGACGUGUGAUUUUUAUUUACGGAGUAAAUCUGGGAUCUGACGUUUAGACCCGUUUAGGUCGAGUUUUUACUUCUUGAUUCUGGUUGUGUUGGCGAACGCAGUUUCUUUGUAGGACGUGUAAUGUUGUUGUAGCUUUCUUGGUUUUGUUUUCCCCUCGAAAACAGAAGCUCAUUGGUAGCUGUCGCACAUUUUCUUAUUUAAACUGAAUUUUAACGCCUCGUAGUUGAUUCUGGUUUUGGGGACUGCAGUUUCUUUGGAGUUGCUGUUGAACUUUAUUCCCUUUACUUUAUUCAGAUGUAGACCCCAAACGUCUUCUUUUCAUGAGAAGAAUUCAGUAAAUGAAGAUUGUUUAAAAUAAAAAAAAAAUUUAAAUUAAGUUAGGAAUUAUUAUUUUUUUAAUAUAUGCACUUGUGGACUACAAAACAACCAGAAUGACACCAGCUCGUAAAAAUACCGUAAAUCUGGUCUAAAUGCGCAAAUCCCACACUCCUACCUUGAAAUGAGACUGAUUGCAUUAUGGAGUUCAGAUGAAUUGAUUGUUGGUUGUUUUUGUUGAAGUUGCACCUUAAUUAACUGUGUCGAUCAUUUUGUAUUUUAAUUUAACCUUUAAUACGCGGGGAGGUCCCACUGAGGUCACUCGUGUUUCUGCAAAUUUAAGAUUUAACAAAGAAACAGAACAAAAAAACGAGAACUAAUAAGACGGUCAGCCUCCACUCCGUAACGCGGAUGGAAAUUUGUGUUAAAAAUGUUUGAAUGUUGAAACACUUUGGAGCACUUCUUUGUCAAAUGUAUAUGAAUGGAAUGAGUUCUGCGUCUUCUGCACCGUCAGGAAAGUUUUCUUUGGCCAUCUGCAGUUGCGACUGGUCAGUGUGUUUUAUACAGUUGACAGUAAUUUGAAGGCAUUUAUGUGAAAUGUAUUGUAAUGUCAGAUAUGGUUUGUUUACAGUAGUGUAACAUCUGUCUUUUUUGAGCCAUAAUGUCUUUUGUUCUUAACUGAGAGAAGCCCCAGGGAAAGUUAUAAGAUUAGCCAGAAACCUUUACAAAAACCAUGAAUAACAUUAGUUUCACAGCCGUUUGAAGACUUGCCCAACCGAUGCCAGCACUAUGACUCUUCCAUUGGAACUGUAUGAGACCAUGCACAUAGUGACGCCAGCUGCGUUCUGUUUAUUAUGCCAUGCAAUGCAGCUGCGCUGUCUGAACACCAAAGCUCGCAAACUUCUUAAUCCACACCAGCACGUUCAGGGUCAGCUCUAGUGUCGUUAGCAGGUUGUGCAUCAACGUGAAUAGUCUGCGUUUUUCCUUCCUACAGAUUUUAUUUUAAAAUAUCAUGAGAAUUGUGCACGAUAUUCGAGAACUGAAUGAAAUUAUGAGCUGAGUGUGUUGUUACUCCCCUACUAGGAUGGUUUGAUAGAAGCGUCACCAUCCUUGUACCUUGGCAGUGGUCAGUUUUCUUGAAUAUCUGUUUUUAUCCUGUGCAUAAACUGCAUCUAACAAGGGUUAUUUUAUGUUAAAGAUGAAAUCAUGCAAUCAAGGUGAGAACCAAAUGGCUGAGUUUUGUAUAUUUGCCUCCUAAGUUCUUUGUGUGUAGAAUCAUAAUGUACAUAUUUUUAAAGAGCGAAAUGACAGGGAGCUCUUGGAUGACCCAUUUCCAUCAUUAGAUGAACCGUCUGAUACAAACUGGGUCAAAAAUGCACCGCUGAUGUCAUAAAAACGGCCUGUUUGAAUUGGUAAUUUGCUGCUUUGCAUCACAAUAAAUCAUUUUGACUGCAA